ACCUCUUACAAGUGGGUCCCACGUGAAAUUCCCGAAAAUGCCCCUGCCGACUCACUGGAGUGGAAUGGAGUGGAGAGGAAGGGCUCGAUCGUUCCCCACUCUCGCCUCAGCUUCUCCUCCCUCAUCUCGUCGGCGACGCACUCCACGGCGGCGGUUCUCCACCGGCGGGAAAGCGCCGACGCUCCUCCCCUGAGACGCACGACAAUGGGGAAUUUCGCGUCGAGUGACGCUUCUUCUUCAGCCAAAGAGGCACAAAGGGCAUCAGCAACCAGCUGCUCGCUGCCGGAUCUAAUCUCCGCGCCACCGGUGGACUGCUGCCAGGUGCCCAAGGGCUCAAGGAGGAAGCACUGGGACUCUGGGAGCAUUCAGGAUUGGUUGGAGACGUCGGAAUUGGUCGGGCCGCGGGUUUACACCUGCUCCCACUGCCGGAACCACGUCUGCCUCCAUGACGAUAUCAUCUCCAAGGACUUCCAGGGGAGGAAUGGCCGCGCGUUUCUCUCCUACCAUGCCAUGAACGUCACCACAGGGUCCAAGGAGGACAGGCAGCUCAUGACGGGGCUCCACACGAUUGCCGACAUUCAUUGCUGUGAUUGCCAGGAAGUGCUCGGGUGGAAGUACGAGAGGGCCUACGAGGAGUCCCAGAAGUACAAGGAAGGCAGGUUCAUAUUUGAACAGGCCAAGAUCACGCAGGAGAAUUGGUAGGCAAGUAAACGGAAGAUUCAACAAGCAAUGUGCCAGCCAGAAUUAAUGUUCUUAUGACUUUGUACAUAGCAGUCUGCCGGUGUUGUUCUUGAACUAGCAGUCUGUCGAUCUUACUAAUUCCAUGCCAUUUGUAACUUGUUGUAUGCAGAGACAAAAUUAUGCUCAUUUGUGCGGGAACUUAAUUGAUCAUAAAUAAAUGGAUGGUUUAACAA